AUGUUGGCUUCUCGCUAUGCUUCUCGUUUAAUUCCUAGCUUCCCAAGAGCCAAGUUUUCUACUAAUCUCCAAAAAUACGAAAACAUUGAGAAAUAUUGGAAUGCCAAUGCAGAAUGGUAUGAAAAGCACCAAACUCAAUGCUCAUCUGACAUCUAUAGAAGUAUGAUCCCUUUCCUUCACCUCGACAAAGCUAAAAACGUUCUCGAAGUUGGCGCAAGCAACGGCAUAGGUGCUGAAAUUAUGUUACAGCAUGCAGCUCCAGAUAUAGCUCAUACCCCUUUAUAGAUUUCUUUACCGAGCAAAAUGUACUGGAUUCUUGAACGAGCAAAACAGAGUCUCUCAAAGAGAUGAGCUCAAUCUCUAUAUCAGGAAGUGCUAGAAAGUGCCAUGUCAAAAAAUGGUGACAAGUGUAAAAAAAAAGUUGACAAUUAAAUGCGCCAAUUUUUAAAAAAAUGAAACUAAUAUAAAGCCCCAUUUAUUAAUUAAAGAUAUAAAAUAAAAUUUUUAUAUUUAAAAGAUAUUUUAAAAUAUUUUUUAUAUUUUUAAAAAAAAAUAAAAUUUUAAUAUUUUUUUGAAAAAUUAAAAUACAUGACAUGAGUCAUUUACAACUUUGCAAGUAAUCAUCAGCCUUCAAUGGGAACUUUGGCUUUUAUAGCAUCAUUAAUCAUUAUUAUACUGGUACAUUUGUAGGAAAUUUAUCCAUUCGCCUUGGCACAACUCGAUUCACAAUUUUUUGAUUUUAAUAGUUUAAAGGAAUGGCAUGAGUCUUUAGCAACUUUAUAAAGAACCAUCAGCCUUUAAUAGGAACUUUGGAUUUUAUGACAGCAUUGAUUAUUAUCAUAUUUGUACAUUUGUAGGAAAUUCUAUCCAUUCGCCUUAACACAACUCGAUUCACAAUUUUUUGAUUUUUGAUAGUCUAAAGUACAUGACAUGAGCCAUAGCAACUUUUGAAUGAACCAUUAGCCUUCAAUGAGAACUUUGGAUUUUAUAGCAUCAUUGAUCGUUAUCAUACUGGUACAUUUAUAGGAAAUUCUAUCCAUUCGCCUUGGCACAACUCGAUUCACAAUUUUUUGAUUUUAAUAGUUUAAAGGAAUGACAUGAGUUGUUAGCAACUUUAUAAAGAACUAUCAGUUUUCAAUGGGAACUUUGGAUUUUUAUAGCAGCAUUGAUUUAUAUCAUACUGGUAAAUUUAUAGGAAAUUUUAUCCAUUCGCCUUGGCACAACUCGAUUCACACUUUUAAAUAUUUUAAAUACAUAAAUAAUAAUCAAAAAUAUUAAAUCAAUUAUAAUUUAUAUUAUUUAUCUAUCUAUUAUCAUUAGAAAAAUAUGAUUAAUUCAUAAGACCUUUAAAUAAGCUUUUUAAUUAUUAAUAAAUCCUAGUCUAAUUGUGUAUCUUAAAUUUUAAAUUUAAUAAUAAAACCAUUUUUAAAAUUGGCGCGUUCACUUGCCAACUUUUUUCACACUUGUCACCAUUUUUUGACAUGGCACUUUCUAACACUUUUUGAUAUAGAGAUUGAGCUCAUCUCUUUGAGAGACUCUGUUUUGCUCGUUCAAGAAUCCAGUACAUUUUGCUCGAUAAAGAAAUCUAUAAAGGGACAUGAACUAUACAAAAUUCACAUUAGUCGAAGUCUCCCAAAAACUUAUAGAUCUCGCCAAAGCCAAAAAUUUGCCUAGAAGCGAAAUCUUAAAAAUAAACUCUGACGAACUUCCGUUCCCAGGAGAAAAGUUCGACAGAUAUGUCAGUUUAGCAACUAUUGAAGAAUUGGAAAACCCACACAGAGUUGUGAGGGAAGCCUACAGAUUAGUUGCACCUAAUGGAGGAAUAUUAGGAAUUUCAGUAUUGGGUAGAAGAAGUUCAAGCACUUAUACAAUGAUCUUUGAAAGAAUAAGGCACAAAUUUGGAAUUGAAAACCAAAUCAGACUGAGAAGAGAGCUCAGCAACCCUGGGACGUUGAAAGGUAUGCUGAAGACCGCUGGGUUUAAGAGAGUGAUUACUUUUUAUGAACAAUACCAUUUCCCUACAACUGAUGUGAAUAAACUUAAGAACAUCUUUUUGGAAGAACCUGGAAUUAAUGCACUCGUAAAAGCAGGGAAAAAGGCAGAAGUUGAACAAGCUGUUAUUGAAGAGCUAAAUAGUGUCAUUCAAGUAGAAGAAACUGCUUUGAAUUAUGAAGCACUCCUAGUCAUGGCCUAUAAGUAA